UCUCUGUAUAUCAGGAAGCCAGAAGCUCUCUCUUUCUCUCUCUAGGAGCCAUAUUCUCUCUCUCUCUCUCUAGAAGGAAGCUACCUCUUUCUAUUUUGCAGGAAGCCAUGCUGUUUCUCUCUCUUGCUGGAAAGUAGUAGUAACGCUUUCGCUCUCUAGAAAGAAGAAACUGACACUCUCUAUACGUCUUUCUCUCUCUACAGGUAGCCAUGGCGAACCCCAGUUUCUCUCUCAUCGACCAGCUUUCACCAUGGUCGUAGUGGCCCUUUUCGAGCACCAGAACCCAUCAUUUCGGGCUCAAAAGGACCUCAAUUCUAUGUCCUCGACCUUCUUCCAGGACCCUUUGGGUAGAGAGAGACACUCAGGAGACGAACCCGAACCAUCAACGAUCGGAGCGCACAUAGCGCAGCGCAGCCGGAGAGACAAGCUCAGGGUCCCGACAAACUCGAACCCUGCCGGGUUCGAGCACAUCGAGCCCACCAUCGAGCCCGGUGUCCAUGGGUUCGAGCCCACCAUGGUCCUGUCGGACAUGUUCAACUUCAACAACUCAGGUUCUGACCUCUUAGCCAUGGCUCAAAGGUGCUCCAAUUGGCGCCAUGGCUCGAACCCACAUCAGGAAAGCUCGGAUUGGAGCUUUAAUGGCGGUUUCAGCAGUGGGAGCAACAACGCAAGGGCUAAUGGCCAAGCUAUGCAGCUUUAUCUGAUGAAUCCAGGAGGAGAGAGAAACUAUGUCGGAGGAGAGAGAAACAGUAGGGGCUGCUCUGAGACAGAGCCGCAGCAGGGGUCUGGCCAAACUGAGCUCCAUAUGCUGAUUCCUGAUCAGAAUCAGAAGCAGGGUUUCUUGGAUUACCCAGUUUUGCUACAAGACCUUGAAAGCAAUGAUCAUGGCUCCCUCUCUCUCUCUCUAUCUCCUCUAAGACACCUGGAUAUGAUGCAGCAAAACCCAACUGUAAAAUCCGGUCCAAAACCAGAGGAUGAAUUGAGAAUGGACGGGAUUGUGAAUCUAUUCUAUGGGGCUAAUAACCAGGCCAACAAUGGUGGUUCUCUGAUUUCAUCAAUGGCGGUUUCGGGGCUCCAAAACCAAAAUUAUCAAGCGGGGGCUUCGAGUUUCAGCCAUAGCAGUUUGGGGUUAAGGAAUUCGAGGUAUCUGAGACCAGCAAUGGAGCUUCUAGAGGAGUUUUGCAGUGUGGGGCGAGGGAAAUUUGGAGGAUUGAGGAAGGAGAGAUUUUUGAAAGGGAAUUGUAGUGGUUUCGGUUCGAAUUCGGGGGCAAAUAACGCAUCCACUUCUUCGAGCUCAAGGGAGCAGCCACCGCCACCUCCUCUCUCUUCGGCGGAUCGGUUUGAGCACCAGCGGAGAAAGGCCAAGCUCUUGUCUAUGGUUGAUGAGGUAGACAGGAGAUACAGCCAUUACUGCGACCAAAUGCAAAUGGUGGUGAACUCCUUCGACUCGAUAGUCGGCAUCGGAGCGGCAACCCCGUACACCGUAUUGGCACAGAAGGCGAUGUCGAGGCAUUUCAGGUGCCUGAGAGACGCCAUUAAUGGCCAGUUGAAGCUCAUCUCUGAGCUCUUGGGAGAGAAAGAAGGGGAGAGAUCAGGUGUAACCAAGGGAGAAACACCGAGACUCAAAUUGCUUGAGCAAAGCUUGAGGCAACAAAGGGCCUUUCAUCAACUGGGUAUGAUGGAUCAAGAAGCAUGGAGGCCACAAAGAGGUCUGCCUGAGAGAUCUGUCAACAUACUAAGAGCAUGGCUCUUUGAACACUUUCUUCAUCCAUUUCCCGUUUCCACCCCUCUUUCCCAGGUCUCAAACUGGUUCAUAAACGCAAGGGUUCGGCUCUGGAAACCAAUGGUCGAAGAAAUGUAUCAAGAAGAAAGCAAAGAAGAAGCCCAAGCCCAGGCAUCGGGCCCGGCCCAGGCCCAAAACCAAUCAAAGCCUUCCACGUCUGCAAUCCCAUCCCUCAACAGAGCCGAAGAGAUCAACAAUAUGACUAAAGGCACCAUUAUCAAUCCUACAAAUCCCCCCCCAACCCACCCGUCGUUACAAGAACCGCCGGAUUUCACGGAAACAGGUGGCGGUUUCCAGGAAGCCAGUGAAACAGCUAGCGGUUUUAUGGCUGUCAGCGAAACCGUAGGCGGUUUAUUUAACUGCGGCGCCGACGCUCUUUAUGGUGGGUCCGUACGGUUAGGGCAGACAGGUGACGUGUCGCUGACGCUUGGUUUGAGACAGGGAGGGCUGCAAGACAAAGGCGGGAGAUUUGGGGUUAACAACAAUCCCCAGGACUUCAAGAACUUUGGUGGCUGAUUUGCUACAAAGAUAAAAAAUUUUAGAGAGAGAAAAUGGAAUGCUUUGAUGGUAAGGGUCUUUUAGAGAGAGAUUGAUGCUGGGUCAUGAUUCUGGUAGUCCUGAGAGGGUGCAUUUUAUGUGGUACCAUGUAGCAUACAUGAGCCUCCCCCCC